CGGACUGGUGAGCCCGGUUGGAGAAGUGUCUGCGAGAAUUUUACCUCUGCUUAUCGAUUUUGAGCGUUUUUCGUUGGAAAAAGACUGUGGAUAAGCAACUGAUAUUUUCCAAUGAUUUUAGCUUUUGAAAGUUAUCACGGAGGACAUAAUUGCAUAUUGGGACCAGGAAUGAUUCGGUCGGUUUUUGACUGUUCUGUACCAGAGGUCAAUAACCCAUCCGCACUGAAAUUAAAAGCGGAUCUCACUACGUUUGACUAUGCUGCUGAAAAUGAUGCGAAGCCAUCCGAAACGUUUAAUGAAACUAUAGUCGAGGCUUAUACCAAUUCGACAAAUUUCGUGAAAUCGUGUUCCGUCAGCCAUGAUCACACCCAACAUUGACCCGAUACCGUUGCCUCCGAAAAGGCGCUGGUCGGCCAUUUCGGAGAACAUCGCAAGAGGUACAUGUACGGAAACACUCGGCUGCAAUCGGCCAGCUUCGGCAAAUGACGCAGGUAUUUCUGAAAGGGACGCUAUCAUGUGGAACCGACAUUUCGAAAAUGGGGAGGACUACCAACAGCAGAAAGACAAAAGUAUGACGAAAUCACACAGCUCACCCGAAGGAAACUCACCCCAAGCUGAAAAGACAGACCAAAAGGCUGGGAAUUACGCCCAGGUUAGAGCAUCUGACAUCGAACCCCACGUUGACAACUCUUCCUGUUUAUGUUAUCCGGAACUCUGGCGAGCUGUGGGGUUCGACCCACUCGGUUUAGGGCAUAAGGGGUUGUUUACUUUGAGGAUAUACCACAAACUGGGCGGAAGAGAUUUUUCGGAGUUUCAGAGACUCUUUGCAAAGAUCAGGGACUUCUAUCACCAACUUCAGUCGUAUCCAGUAACCCCAGGCAUCGUCUACAUUCCUUCUGACCGCAGGGAGGUUAAUACAGACACGAUCUCGAUGAUCGUCAACACCAACUUAAAGCACCUAGAGUACUACGCCUACCACGGACGCUACGCACCAAGACCGCCAAGCCUCCAAGACAAGCUAACGCCUUUGCCGCACACCCUGUUCAAUAUCGACUCGAGCUACUAUCAGGGACAGCACACUUGGUCAAAAGCUAAAAAUACUUCAGAGUGCCUUCCCGCUCAGAGUUGGGGUGACAAUGGCCAAUGUGGUUACCAAAAGCCAAUGCAAUCUAACCUAGGUAUUACGCAAUAUCAGCAAUACCCCCGGCAGUACCAAUUUAAUUCAAAAGCUAGUGAUUUAGGAAAUGAAACGGUUUGGGAAAAUCAUUACCAGGAUAUUAACAUACAGUCGCCGAACACGCCACACAGAAUUCCUCCUUCUCCCAAGGUGCACGAGUUGAAGCGAAGAGGUAGUGAGCUGCCACUAGUGCCGAGGAUGUGGCCAUCACAUGUUGUGGAAGACGGCAAACGACGUAAGGUGGAAGGAUCCAAGAGGACAUUACCUGAUGUCCAGGAAACGGACAUCUCCCACCUUAACCAAGGAACCCAACGCUAUCCGUUCUGGAUGGGCAAACAGUCCCAGGGAACUCCUCCCUUUACCACUAAUGAUAGAGAUGCUCAAACAAGUUGUGACGACAUGCCCCCUCUGAUCUACAUCCCAGAACAGGCUUCCGUAUUAGCAAGUGCAAGGGCGUGGACUACUCAGGAGAUUUUGUCUCAGAAACAAAGUCAGCAUUACUGGCCUCCACCAGGACUCCAGAUGACCAGUGACCAGGAUGUAUCGUGGGUAAAGCAAGAACUUUUGGGCGAUACUGACCAGGCACUUGACCUGUCGGUUUGCAAUACCGCAAAUUGCAGAGGAGAGGGUGUUUGUACUACCGCUCGACACGUCAUGACGGAAACGAAUGGAGCCGAUUAUCAGCAGAGACCAAACGACACAGGAGAAUUCUUUGCAGGAAAUUCAAAGGUUUACUCACUCAGAAACGUGGUUGACAAACACAUUUUGCAGCAGUUUCCAGAUAACACUGUUAGUGACCAUGUGCCUAGUAUCAAAAGAAAUAGUGAAGUUGAAACCACGAUUCCUAAUGGGAAUAGAAAGUACCCUUCUAGGAAAGGUGCACCUUGGGACAGGGGACUAGGGCUUCAGCAAUCUUUUCAAAACCCAACAGUGCCAAACAACCAACAAGUUAGUCCGACAAUUCAUUCCAAAACAGUCCAACCAGCGAACUGCUCAGUGAAAACUAGCACUCUCGAACAGCACUCCUCGAGCUGUGAAAAUGGCCUAGUGGGCAACAAAAACGUAACUAAAUAUUUACUGAAUGGUGGCCCCAGUUUAUCUCGAAGCCAAGGUGUGCAUUUACAGACGGGUUUAGCACAACCUUGUCAUACGAAUCAAGGUGAAAGAGUAGCUUUAAUGAAAGAUAAGACAGUUGUACAGAAGGAACAGAAGAAGCCUCGAAAGAUGGAGGUUCCUGAUAUGAAAGUUGUCUCUGAGGUCCAUUCUACGCUUUGCCAUAUGUUAGCAGGUCUCGUUGGGUACCCGUUGUCCUUAGUGACAAACAUGGGUCUAGAAGACCACUCGGAUCAAUCAGAAUCUAAGACCACGACCACGAAGCGAAUGUCGAAAAUGGGUGCAAAAAUCCUCAGCCAGUUUUUAGCGGAAGGUACUGAUUGCUAUGACAAAGUUGUCGACUUGAUUAAUGAUCAGUAUGAUGUGAGCGAUGAAGAAGUCGUUAAGCCCAAACACGCUGAAGAUGACCGAGGUACAAACCAAAGAAAGCUUUUACGUAGUAUGCGCCAUGAUUUGAGUUUAAGAGAACGUCCCGAGGCAUCGCCAAAAUAUAUCCCCAAUGGUACUUCGGAUAUUCUCGCACGGAUGCUCUCUGGUUAUAAAUGCUACAGUACGGAGCUUCAAAACUUCUCUGCCAGAAAUCCUAAGUUAGACACUGACCGGGACUCCGAGGGUGAGUCGACUUAUUCUUGCGGGUCUGAGUGCAGUGGUUGUGACAGCUGCCGUGGGCAGACCAGAGGAGACGAAAGUUGGGAGACGAGUUUUAACGUGUUGCCUGGCGUCCCUUUGAGACAGUCCGGGAAUCCAGGCAUUGAAAGCCAUAUCAAAACGACUGAAAGGUGCGCUGUUCUGAAGAGGCAUCCGUUGCACUCCUACAGCAUGCCCCUUCCUGCCAGAAAGCGCCAUAUUUUCAUGUUGCAGGAAGAUGAGAAUUUCUCAUGGACAGAUCAUCAUAACCAUAACCACUUUUCAAAAAAGAAAGAUGUUGUCAUAGAGGACCCGACUCCAACGCAGAUACAGGAUGGUAACUCAGUUUACCAGUCUAACAGACUUUUAAUAACAAGGGACUCAAAUGAAGGAUUAACUGCAGUCGGAAGUACAGACAAGCAGUCAACUUUAGACGGCAAUGAAGCAAUUGAACAAUCUAUUUCGAAUUCUACUUGUAGUGCCGACUUGAAAGCUUUUCCUCUAGACACUGAUUUGAACAGAUCAUCUGUUGUAACUGAUUUCACGGAUUUAACCAAUGACCCUUUUUCGAUUGGAAGUCCGCCUCAAGAAGGUGAGCCUGGUUCAUUGAAAAGCCACAUGUUGGAUUUGCCAUAUGCCAGGAGAAGGAAAGUGUCACUUGCCAUCAAUUCGAUACCAAAUGAACUAUUGAACUGUUGAACUGAUGAACACACGGCGUCAACACAUAUUCCGAGAUCUCCAUAUUCCUAUGUAAAACCCGGUGUUACCCUUUAAUUUAGUAUAGUUUAGAGAAAUAUGCUGACGGCAAAAUGAUGUGAUUGAUAAACUGUUAAUUAGGUGUUUGUAUAUUUGAACUUUUUUAUAGAAUUUUUUGUCUUACCGUCGGGCAAUGGCUGUAAAUAUUACAUGUUAAUAAUAUACUCUAGUUUUACCAUCCUGAGACCGCUUCAUAACUAUGAAAUCGACACAAAAGCUGAACUGAAACAUGACCUGAUGACGAUCGGUUCAUUGGUGUUGCCAUUCCAUUGCCGCGUCCAUCCAAAUUAUGCUAGUUAAUGAUAAUCUCAUUGAUAAAGACCGGCCAAAUUCUCAAACCAAUUUCACCAAUAACUGGACACUUUAUCAUGGUAGAACUGGCGGUAAGACAUGACUAAAACCAACUGAAGGUUUACUUUGAUCGUGGUUCCCAUGAAGUUGACACGCCACUGCCGUGCCCGCUAUCAGAGAAAACUCGCUGUUUUCGACAGAAACAAUACACCUUCCUCGUGGUAUUCUCAUGUGUACAAACGUUAUGGCUGACUGUUGGCACCCCUUGCGUUAGAAAGAGGAACUAGAUUAAGUUGGACCAACAGUAAAAUGUACAUCGAACGGCGUCCCAGAUAUAUUUAGUUUUUCCCCGAUAGGUUUCAAUUCAUGUGUAAGUAAGUCAUUAAAGUCGUUUGUAUUUAUAUUUCUCAUUGUCAAAUAAAAAUGAAACAUUGAUA